AUGACGCUUGAAUCUGGACUGACUCUGUUUCUGAUCCUGAGUUCCGUCUUCAUCUCACCAGCAGCUGGUUUGGGAGUCCCGGGAAAACCUCGACUCACGAGCUGCCGCUCACCUGAUAAGGAAACGUUCACGUGUUGGUGGGAGCCGGGCGAUGACGGAGGCUUUCCCACCACCUACGCCCUCUACUACCUCCUAGAGGGGUCACAGACGGUGUACGAGUGUCCGGAUUACAGAACCGCGGGUCCGAACUCGUGUUUCUUCAAUAAGAACGACACGUCGCUGUGGGUGAAUUACAACAUCACCGUGGUGGCAACAAACGGCGUGGGCAGGAGCGUGUCAGAACCUGUAGAGGUGGACGUGGUCUACAUCGUUCAGCCCAACACUCCGGAGAACGUGGCGGCGGCGGUGGAGGCCGACGCCCAUUUCCCGUAUCUGCGGGUCUGGUGGGAGAAACCGCGCUCGGCCGACACCCGCUCGGGCUGGAUCACGCUCGUCUACCAGCUCCGAGUGAAACAGGUCAAGGAGGAAACCUGGGAGGAGGUUGAUGCCGGGAUGCAGAAGCACUAUAAGGUGUUCAGUCUGCACUCAGGUGAAGAGUACAUGCUGCAGGUUCGAUGUAAACCCGAUCACGGAUUCUGGAGCGAAUGGACCGAUCCCGUCUACGUCCAAAUACCCGAGUACAUGCGCCAGAUAGAAAAGGUGUGGAUCAUAGUGGCGAUAAUCUCAGCCUUCAUCAUCCUCAUCAUCACCUGGACCAUGAGCAUCAAGAGGAACAGCGUGAAACACUGUUUACUGCCUCCUGUUCCUGGACCAAAGAUCAAAGGCAUUGAUGAACAGUUGCUCAAGAGUGGGAGAUCAGAGGAGGUGUUGAAUGCGCUGGUGAUCCACAGUUUCCCGCCGACCACCUACGAGGAGCUGCUCGUCGACUAUCUGGAGGUUUACGACGACGGCGACAAACACGACUCGUCCUUGCACCCCAGGCAGCUUCCCGGGGUCUGCCUGAAUCCCAAGAGCGCCCCGUCGGACAGCGAUUCGGGGCGAGGAAGCUGCGACAGCCAGACCCUGCUGGCCGAGAGGGGCGGCGGGUACGAGGGGGGCGCAGAGCAGGAUCCUCAACUCGUCCAGCAGGGGAAAGUCCAGACCUGGCCGGGGGUGUUCCCCUCGCCUCGUCCGCUCCAUCACUACUACCAGCAGGACUUGUAUUUUCGGCAGGCUGGAAGCACCGGAGGGGGGCGCGGCGUCCCCGAGACUUCCUGCACGUCUCCGGACGAGACGCCGGGACUCUGCGGAUACGCCUACACCCGGAGCACGGACGUUACCGAGUCCGAUCAGUACGUGGAGGUGCAGAGGGUGGAUGGGGAGAACGUCCUCCUGCAGCCCCUGACCGACCCCGAGGCGCGAUGCCCGGACCCGUCGGACUUUCCGCCGGCCGAGAACUACAGCAAGGUGCAGGACGUGACCCUGGAUAACCUGCUGCUCCUGCAGAGGGAUGUAAGCGGGCAGUGCCAAAGCCAAGCCGCGGACGACCGGCACGAGGACAAUCAGUGCCGUAAACCCAACACCUUCCUGACCACCGAGCCCAUUCUGCCUGAGGGAAUGAGGCUCACCAGGAACGGAUACGUGGACUCCACCGCGGUCACCUCCUAA